AUGCAUUGCAACUUCAGUACACCUGUGCUGAUCCGAGCGCUCCCUCCACUCCUUGUAACAGAGUUCAUUCUGGGUCUGGUAGGAAACGGUUUGGCUCUGUUCAUCUUCUGCUUCCACCUGAGGCCCUGGAAAAGCAGCACGGUGCUGCUCUUCAACCUGGCAUUGAGCGACUUCAUGCUCAUUCUGGCUCUGCCCCUCCGGGUCAACUAUUACCUCUCAGGCAACAGAUGGAUGUUCGGUGGGACACUCUGUAACCUCUGCCUCUUCAUGCUGGAGAUGAACCGCAGCGGGAGCACCUUCUUCUUGAUGGCCAUCGCCCUGGACAGGUACAUGCGUGUGGUGCAUCCCCACCAUCCUCUCAACUCUCUGAGUGCUGGCAAGGCCAGGCUGGGAGCGAUCGUGCUGUGGCUGGUCCCCAUUACAAUGACCGCCCCCGUCUUCUCUCUGCAACACAUUAAUACAACCCACUGCACGAGGUUCAUGGUGGACACAGAGUCCAGAAGAAACCUGUCCUGGUAUACAUUUACGCUUCUCUUCUCUUUCUACGUGCCCCUGCUGGUGAUUCUCUACUGCACCUUCCACAUCAUCAGCCACCUGAGGAGGAGACAGCUGGCCCACCAGGCCAAGUUCAAGAAGGCUCUGUACUUCAUCGUGGUGGUGGUGGUGUUGUUCAUCAUCUGCUUCCUCCCCAGCAACAUUACUCUGCUGGCCAUGAGGAUCAAGAUGCUGAAGGAAUUUAAGUGUGCUGAUAUGGAGCAGCUAAGCACCGUGACCCAAAUUGCCAUCAAUUUGACUUAUCUCAAUAGCGCUCUGGACCCUGUGGUCUACUACUUCUCCAGUCCGGCUUUUAAGAACAUCGGCAAGAAGGCUCUCCAUCUGCCGCAGGUAGAGACUGGGGAAAGCACAGACAGGAAAACACGUGAUACGGGGUCCCAGUUACUCAGCAAGCUGUGA